CUGGCAUACGAAAUCUGCAUGUUUCACUCCUCACUCAUCUCUCGAUCCACUCCGCUAUCUCUCCUUAGGCUCAAUCCCUCACCUGCCAAAGCCCCGCCGCCCAAAUGGCGCUUCCCGCUCUAUCUCAAUUCAAAUCUCCUCUCCCCAGGCUCUCUUCUCCUUCACCUUCUUCUUCUCUAAAGCCACCUAACAUCAUCUCUUCUUCUCUUCAUUUUUCCUCCCGCCAUCGAAGACGUACCAUCGCCGUCGCUCUUCCACAGCCCUCCUUCAUCAGCUCCUCCUUCAAUGGCGACCACCAUCACGAUCGGAUUCCCCAUGCUCGGCCACCAGAGAUCCCAUGGAGCAAGGAUAUGGCUAAUUCCGUCAACCUCAUCGGAACCAUCGGUGCUUCGGUUCAGAUAAAGCAGCUAAGCAGCGGCAAGGUGCUCGCAUGGACCCGCCUAGGGUUCAAGAAGUCGUCCUCCGAGACUUCAUGGAUCAACCUGACCUUCUGGGAUGAACUGGCUCAUGUGGCCUUCCAACACGUGGAGAAGGGAAAUCAGGUUCAUGUUUCUGGCCGUCUGGUGUCAGAUACCACUGAGGGGGAAGAUGAUAGGCCCUUGAUUUUCUACAAGAUUGUUGUUCAGCAGCUAAAUUUUAUUGAGAGGAGCUUCCAACCAGCUCCAUCGUAUGAACAGGGUACACAAUCCGUGAAUUCUGGUCUAAGGAAUGAAAAUUAUUCGGGAAACAAUUUUGCUUCAUCUUCAGCAGAGGAGCUCUGGCAAGCUUUCUUUGCUAAUCCUGUAGACUGGUGGGACAAUAGAAAGAAUAAGAAAAAUUCCAGGUACCCAGAUUUUAAGCACAAGCACACAGGUGAGGCAUUGUGGAUUGAAGGCAAGAACAACCCACCUUGGGUGAAGGGUCAGUUAGCUAUAUUAGAUGAAAAGAUGAGUUCUUUUCAACCUUAUGGAUCAAAUUCUACUGUUUCUUUGCUUAAUGGGAAUAAUGAUUUUUUGUCUCUUUAAUUCUGCUUUAGUUACAGGCGCUUCUAAGCUUGAACUGCAAUUCAAAUUUCUCAUUUUGGCCCCUCAU